UGUUUGCUAUCAAUCCCAAGUGCAACUAGUCGCUACGCCGCCUUAUUGCAACGCACGCGAUGCUCGACGCGUUUUAGAAGUGGAGGCCGGCUUGAAUUCUGUCUUGGGGACAUUUUGCUGAAAAUUCUUUUGUAGGUUCACUUUGGAAUGAUUUUGAAUGCAAAACCCUCAAAAACGGUUACAAUACGGUGUCAACGGGUGAGGUGAGAAUGUAUGGAGUCACGAAUGGUAUACUACUAUAUACUAUACUAUACUCUACUACCAAUGAAAGGAGACCUGUGUAUUAUUAAAAGCGUCCACUAGAGGGCAGUGUGUAAGCCCAAAUAAAUCACAUCCAUACAGAUACUUCAUAGUCAAGACGUUUCUUAGUUAUUUUUUUUCUUUUUCACAAAGUCAUUGAAUUCCCUGCAAUGAAGUUGUCUUUCACAGCCGUGUAAAACUAAAAGGAAACACUGGUACAGGACGACAAUUCAACUAAAAAGUAUUGAACAUAACCGUGGUCACUGGUUUGAUAACGGUUUAGUUCAUGAAGUUUCAAUGUUCAAUACAUUUUCAUAAAAUAAAAAAAAAGUAUUUAUCUCCAACUCCAGAUGUAGAGUCAGCUCUAGGAGCCUGAAGAGCUACAGCAGGGCGGCAUCUAGUUUCAGGCGACUUGCUAUUGGUUCGUUUUUCGAUGCCCUCCGCUGAUUUGCUGCAGCGAACAGUUGAGCAUCGUCAAAGUCUUCUGGUAGACCUUCAUCUGGUUCAGAUGAGAGGACAUACAGAGAGACGCACCAUCUCCUUUCGCCUGGAAAUUUGCGGUGCUGUUGAUUUUUUUUAUUUUUUGGGGGGGGCAAUUAACCCGAAUCAAACUCCGAGAAACGAUUGACAGGAUUCUAAACUUCACUGCGGAGAUUUACUCACAAGCCAUGCUGUGUUUAGGAGACUCCUCUGACUGCCUCCGGGAGCAGAUGCAGUGCGUGGCGAGAUCCCUGCACGACCUGAAGCGGAUGAGCCGGCCGAGGCCCCUGAGCGAGCCCUGCGCCCGCUCCUUCGCUGUGGCACGACUCUGCAAACAGAGGGCCCAGCAGGAGCGAGUCGCUCGCCUGCGCGUCCCUGACGCCAGCGAAGCCGGCACGUAUGACUCUGCCUGCUGCCUGCGCAGCCCCCUGGAAGAAGAAGAAGAGGAGGAGGAGGAGCAGCGUGGACGCUUGGCCCAAGGCUCCCCGAGCAGUGAAAAGAGUGUGGACUUUGACUCGGGUUACUCCGAGGCCUCCUGGCAGGAUGAAGGCGUGGUGCUGAGGAGGACCAGGAACGUUCGAGUCUCCUCCUCCGCGUGCCUCCGCACCAACAGGGGACCCUCCGGCCGAGUCCGGCCCAAGUCGACCUCGGACGCCUGCCUGGAGCGCUGGACCUCGUUUGAGGCGAGCAACUCGGAGGACUGGACGACGUCGCUGCUGAGCCGCAGCAGAAACCGACAGCCUCUGGUCCUCGGGGACAACAGCUUCGCCGACCUCAUAAAGAACUGGAUGGACCUACCCGAGUGUCCCGAGCCAGCAGAGCCCAAGCCCAGCGCGGGGGGGGGGGGUGCCGCCGCCCGCCUGGCCGCCAAAGACAUGUUGACAAACAUGCGGCGCAGGUUGGCGGGAGCGUCUAAAAGUGUGGAGGCGGGGGGGCGGCCUGCAGACGCGGAGGCGUCCAAGCGGAUGUCCUGUCCGGUGGGACUGCAGGUUCUCAAACCUUUCUUUCACCAGUCGCACACGGGCCUCCAUCGGCCCGACUCGGACGUCUACAGGUUCACCGCCCUGACCAAGACGGGCAGCCGGCAGCCCGUCUUGUGCAAUGACGUCAUCGGGUACUUUUAAGUCACGCUGCACCUCUGGACUGCUUAUCAAAAAAAUAAAUAAUAAUAAUAAUAAUGAAUAAAAUGUUUCUAUUUUUGUAAUUGGACGUGGUCCAAAACGUUGAUGCAUCUGGAAUUAAAAGUUUAUUGCAAUUUAAAGUGCUAACUGUUGAAGUAUUAUUAUUGUAGCCAUGUAUCAUUGACAAAUAUCCUCUCAAUCUUUCAUCAAAUCAAUGUUUUGACGUCUUUUAAGCUUAAGUCAGAUAUAUAUUCAGCCUUGAUACUUCCAGCACCGUAUUUAAUAUGGGUGCAAUUUAGAAAAUAAAAAAAACCUAUCAGCACGUAGGUUCAAUACACA